ACUUGUAUUUAUUUAAUGCAUUUUUAUAAGUACACGUCACAAAUUUACCCUGCAAUUUCUAUUGCAAUUUAGUUAUACAAAAGAAUAUUGUAAUAAGUUUAUAUGAAAUAUGGAAACGUUAUAUCAUCAAACAAAUAUAUUGGUUCAAGAAACGCAACAUCUUUUUACACAGUUGGAAAAAAAGUCAUUUAAGAAAGAGGAUUUAAAAGAAAUAGAAAAAACCAUAGAAUCCAAAAUCAGCCUCAUCAACAGUAACUGUGAACGACUUGACGUGCUUUGCUUAAAAGGAUCCAUUUCUUCUGUUUCACCUUUCAAAAGACAAAAUGCUAAAAUGAGAGUUGAUCAACUGAAAUAUGACAGUCGUCAUUUAAGUGCCGCUUUGAAUACUUGGAGAAACCAAUUAAUUAAAAAGGAAAGAGAAGAAGCAGAACGCGAAGCAUUGUUGUCGCAAACAUUUACUGCAAAUGAUCACGUUGAUAUUAUGAUAGACCAUAAUAUGCAACAUAAUUAUAGUUUACGAAAUGCAGUAAAUGGUGUAGAUGAUCUUAUUUCACAUGGAACAGGAAUCUUAGAUAGUUUAAGAUCACAAAGAAUUACUUUAAAAGGGGCUCACAAACGUUUGAUAGAUAUUGGUAAUACUUUAGGUCUUUCAAAUACAACUAUGAGGCUUAUAGAAAAUAGAGCUCGUCAAGAUGGAUUUAUUUUAGUCGGUGGUAUGUUGUUUACAUGCAUAGUAAUAAUCCUAGUCAUUAUAUAUCUUGUUUAAUGAGAGAGAGAUAAGUAAGCAAAAUGAUAAACAUUUAGAUUUAUAUAUUCUACACUUGACACACUCC